AUGGUUUACAUCACCCGAGAAUUGAGCUCGGCCACCAGUGCCAAUGCUCCACCACAUCGACCCAUCCGCGCAGACACGCUCGACCUCAAGCAGAAGCUUGCCGUUGCUCUUGGUCAGAAUGGUGCCCGUUAUUGGCAAACCCUUGUUCAGUUCCUCAAGGGUGCCAUCGACCGUUCCGAGUUCGAGGCGCUGGCCCACAAGGCGCUCAAAGCUGAGCACGUCCACCUACAUAACGCAUUGAUCCUCGGCAUCCUCUACAAUGCCAGCACCGACGUUCCAGGUCCAUCCAGCCGUACCGUCAGGCGCAUCACCCGCAUCCUGCCAGACGGCUCCACCAUCACCGAAGAGGAAGAAGAAGAGCCAAGUCGCAAGCGUCUUCGCAACCUCGUUGCUGGUCUCCCUCGCAAGGAGCGCUUGCGUCUCAAGAAACUCGAAAAGGUCGGCAAGCUUGGCGCCAACGCCAUCGGUGGAGCUGCAAGCCUCGGGUGGGCAGGAUCGGCCGCCGACAUGCUCGAAAAGAAACGCAAGGACGAAGAAAAGCGCAAGGUCGCCGAAGACCGUCGCAAGGUAAGACACUACAAGAGCGCCAUCGGUGCCAAAGACUGGAAAGGUCAGGCUGUUCAAGCUACCCAGCAGAUUGCCGCUGUGCGCGGCAAGCUUUCUUUCUCUGCCCAACAAGCUGUUGCGCGUGCACUUCAAGCGCCACUCUGCGUCGAAUCCAAGCAUUUGCCCGAUUUGGACAGUAUCAAAGAUCGAAUGACGCUACUUGCUGUCGAGAACGGCAUGCCGGGAGGUGUGCAACAUCAAGCUGCUGCUAUGGUGUUGUCCGCACUUCAAAGUCACCUUCAGAACGUAGCAAGCAGUAUCAUCACCAAGAUCCGCGCCAACCGCACCGAUGGGAUCAAGACCAACGAGCCCCUCCGCCCAGCUUCGGAGUAUAGCAACAUCAGUCUCGACCCUGCUUCCUACAUGCCAGACCCUAUGCGUGGCUCGCCAGCGCUCGAUGCAAUGGACUUGGACGACAGCUCGCCCAACUCUGUGCAGGGCAGCCCAGCACGCCUCCUACGCUCGAUUCAGUCCGACAUGUCGUCACGCACCAGCACUUCAGGCAUCGGCACUUCCUUCGCAGACUCUUCUAUGCUUUCCCUCGCCAGUACAGCUGCCACCAGCCUCGCGGGACCUUCUUCACCCUCCAUCCGCGACGGUGACAGCAGCGGUCAGUUUCAAGACACUUCUUUCGGCAACAGUAGCACCGCUGCUGAUGGAGAGAACUCCGCUGUCAACGGUGGGAACAGACUUAAACGUUCACGCGACACCAUGCAAGGCACCGACCGCUCUGGUGCAGCGAGUACACGUCUCACCGUCUCCGACGUUGCGUUCCUGCUCGAAGUGGCACCGCACACCGUCGUCGAGCCAAUGGGUCAAGGCACGCAGGAACGCAUGCUCGCCCCUGAGUGGAGCGACGACUCCGUCUUUGGUGCCGAAGACAAGACUGGUCGACUAUGCCCUUAUUCUUCGCCAGAGAGACAGCUUGCACGUUCAGCUCGUCUUGCCGCCACCACUCAUCUCAGCGAGACCAGCGGUGCAGGAGCAGAUGUGCCGGUCAGAAAUCGCUUCGUUAUCGACCAGUCAGCUCCACUGCGACUACUUGACCGCCGAACGCUGGCUGAGAACGAAGGUAGAGCAAGACCAACAAAAGGUGGGUUGUCAGUACCGGAGUACAAAGAUCCUCAAGCAGUGUUGACAGACGUCAAUGGGAGGAAGAAGGAUGGUCUGUUGCAUGGAAGUGGUGCAGCGGCGGUGCACCAACACAGACACAAGGAUGACAUUUGGGAUGUCGUGGAUCCAGUUGCCUUGUUUGGACAGCUUUGUGAGUAA